AUGAUCAAGCUUAAAAAGAUAGGAUUUGGGUUGUGUGGUAGUUGGAUGGCAGCUACUGCAAUUAAAUCUGGGGAAUUGGUGACUUUGGAAGAACUGAACCCAUCGUCCCCUUUUUUCAAGCAAGGAGCCUCGCUUAGAGUCACUGGAAAGCUACAAGAGUAUACUGUGGAGACAGCCAUAGCUGUAGUUGCUGAUGGAAAUGCCACCCUUAAGAUUGACACUCAACACUUGAGAGACAUCAGCUUUCGAAUAGGCUCCAUCUACCAGUUUAUUGGCGAGCUUCUCAUCCAACCUGAUAAUGAGGCAAUCUUGCAAGCACGGGUGGGCAGAAUUGUGGAUGGCAUUGACCUUAGACUCUAUCAUCAGUCUCUGCAGCUAUUAAGACAGUUCCAAGCAGAUCACCUCAACAAUUCAACUAGUUAA